AUGUUCGUGCGCAUCUGUGACGAUGCCGUGCUGUUCGUUCGCAGCCGUGAAGACGCUGCAAAGUUCGUGCGCAUCUGUGACGAUGCCGUGCUGUUCGUACGCAGCCGUGAAGACGCUGCAAUGUUCGUGCGCAUCUGUGACGAUGCCGUGCUGUUCGUUCGCAGCCGUGAAGACGCUGCAAUGUUCGUGCGCAUCUGUGACGAUGCCGUGCUGUUCGUACGCAGCCGUGAAGACGCUGCAAUGUUCGUGCGCAUCUGUGACGAUGCCGUGCUGUUCGUUCGCAGCCGUGAAGACGCUGCAAUGUUCGUGCGCAUCUGUGACGAUGCCGUGAUGUUCGUACGUAGCCCUGAAGAUCUGUGA